AAGAUACUCUGUCUUAUUGCACAAACUGACGCAGAUCAAUGUUUAGAGGUAAUAUGAUUCUGCCUGUAAUUUUCAUUGACUGUCAGCAUGUUCCUUUUUUAUUCAUUACUCUGUAUAUCACGGCAGUAUGACUAUAAUAAGGAUAUAUGGCUGAUGCAUUUGGAACUUCUCUGUUCCUUGGGACAGUACAGAGCUGAUAAAUUAUCUAUUCUUUUUGGCUUUGGUAGUAUGAACAGAAAGCAGGCAAUAAUAAACUGAUAUGUUGUACUCCUAAAACGGUGUCAUUAUUAUUACCCAUUUUAUCCAACAAUAGUGUACCCUAAAAUUACAGAUCGGUUCAUUCAUCUCAUACCUUUUUUUGAGAGAGUCGGAUUUUUGUGAGCUUUGCCAUGGUUUUGUCCUCUGUUUCUUGGUACAUUUUGUUACUAUAGAACAAUUGGCGUGCUUCUUUUCUUUUAGUUGUACGUUGUAGAAAUGCGGAACCUGGUUAUUUCAUUAUAUUCGAUGCCUAAUUUAUUUUCUGUUACGAGGGUCAAGUUCAGCAUUUUAUUUUAUCUUCUUCCUUCCUCACAAUUUUACAUUUACUCACUGAGCAGUGAAGGUUUUGGACCUCAAAUUCUUGUAGUACUAAUUUAGCACAACCGCUCUUUGAGAAAAUGGCUUGUGAAGGUCUUGGACACUACUAAAAUGGCUUAUCUUGGGUCUUAAUCAUAUUUUCUCUGAACAAACAGGUGUGACACAUACAUGGAAAGAACCCCAAGAAACAUUGCACAUUUGGUUAUAUGUCUAUGAAUGCUUUUCUAUGAACAAGAAUUUGGUAAUAUUUUGAGAGAUUUAUUUUGGCUCUGAAGCUCAAGUCAUCCUUUUAUUUGGAAAAAUGUAUAUGUCACACCGAUGUGUAAGAAUACUAGUGUAAUAUUUUGAGAGUAUUUCGAAAACUUCAGGCAGGAAAUCUCACAUCGAAGUGUAAGAAUACACCAUGAAUUUACAAAAUUCAGGAAAACUCUUUUGAACCAUGAGCUGUACAAAUGAGAAAAUGGCAAAUAAUUUUGCCUUUUUCUUUGUGCAGCUAUCAAAUGGAUACAUUUUCUAUUAAAAUUUUGUAGAUCACACGUAUACUGUGAACUAUGCGCCGCAUCUUCAUCAACGCCGGCAUGGUCCUGGGCUUGAAGUAUCCGAAGUCCCUGGAGGGCAUCUCGUCGGUUACACUGGAUCUGAAUGCGGCUCAAAGCAAUAGGCAAGGCAGAGUAUUUCCUUCGCCAGAUGGUUGAUAAGGCAUAGUACCUGAUAAUGUGACAUAUAAUAGCCUCAUCCAUGGAUAUUCCUCUUCAGGCCAUCGGAAGGAGGUGGUUAGUUUAUUCAAGGAAAUGACAAAUCGGAGUGUUACACCAGAUGUGUGUACUUACAACUUGUUGAUGACCUCCCUUUACAAGAAUGGAAAUAGCAAAGAAGCUGCACAAUUGUUUUAUUCAAUGGCCACGAAGGGCCUGAAACCUGACACCAUUUCAUAUGCUAUUCUCCUUCAUGGGUAUGCCACUGAAGGAUGCUUGGUUGACAUGAUCAAUCUCUUCAAUUCAAUGGCAACAGACUGUAUUCUACCUAACUGUCAUAUCUUCAACAUACUGAUUUAUGCAUAUGCUAAAUCUGGGAAGCUUGAUAAGGCUAUGCUUAUAUUUAAAGAUAUGCAGAAACAAGGAGUGAGUCCAGAUGCAGUCACAUAUUCAACCGUAAUACAUGCAUUUUGCAAAAAGGGUAGGUUGGAUGAUGCUGUGAUAAAGUUUAAUCAGAUGAUUGAUACAGGAGUACGACCGGAAGCAUCUGCUUAUCGUUCCCUAAUCCAGGGUUUUUGUACACAUGGCGAUUUGGUGAAAGCAAAGGAAUAUGUUACUGAAAUGAUGAAGAAAGGUAUGCUUCCUCCUGAUAUUAUGUUCUUCAGUUCAAUCAUGCAGAAACUAUGCACAGAAGGAAGGGUAAUAGAAGCACGAGAUAUCCUUGACUUGAUAGUGCGCAUUGGUAUGAGGCCUAAUGUUUUCAUGUUUAAUAUACUGAUCGGUGGGUACUGCCUAGUCUGCAAGAUGGAGGAUGCAACAAAAAUGUUUGAGGAUAUGGUGUCAUUUGGUUUAGAACCUUGUAAUAUUACGUAUGGUAUACUUAUUAAUGGCUAUUGCAAAAAUAGAAGGAUUGAUGAUGGGCUUAUUCUGUUCCAAGAGAUGCUGCACAAGGGACUUAAACCUACAACUUUUAAUUAUAAUGUCAUACUGGAUGGGUUAUUUCUGGCUGGACGAACUGUUGCUGCAAAGGAAAAGUUUGAUGAGAUGGUUGAAUCUGGAGUAAGUGUGUGCACUGAUACAUAUUCGAUAGUUCUUGCUGGACUUUGCAGAAAUAAUUGCUCUAGCGAAGUAAUCAUGCUGUUCCAGAAAUUAAGGGCAAUGAACAUGAAAUUCAAUAUUAGAAUUGUCACUAUCAUGGUUGAUGCCUUCUACAAGGUUCGGCGAAACCAAGAAGCUAAGGAUUUGUUUGCUGCAAUACCAUCCAAUGGCUUGGUAGCUAAUGUUGUUACCUACAGCAUAAUGAUGAAAAAUCUUAUAAAAGAAGGUUCAGUGGAAGAAGCUGACACUCUCUUUUUAUCAAUGGAGAAGAGCGGCUGUACUGCAAACUCUUGGAUGUUAAAUCAUAUUAUCAGAAGGUUACUGGGAAGAGGAGAGAUAGUCAAGGCUGGAAAUUAUAUGUCGAAAGUUGAUGCAAAGAGCUACUCACUUGAAGCUAAAACUGUUUCGCUGCUGAUCUCCCUCUUUUCAGGGAAAGGGAAGUAUAGAGAACACAUAAAAUUGCUCCCUAUGAAGUAUCAGUUUAUCGAAGAAGCAGCCACAGUUGAAUAGUUUGAUACAUGAUCUCUGAACUCAACUCCUAGAAGUUAACUUGGAUUGUUGCUUGCCAUGGGUCCUUAUGCUUGUACAACAAAUGCAUUUUCUGUUUGGUAAAUAGAAAGCCAGUCCUAAAUUCUGUCACUUUUUGUUAAGUUCGUAAUGCGCUGAAAUAACUAUUUUUUUCCGUUAGUUAUUGUGAGUAGUAUCUGAAAUUUCCUAUAUUUUUGUUUCUCAGGCUUAUCACAAUCUCAGUAUUAUAGUUUCUGCAGUUAGUGAAAGAAGAUCUAUUUCUAGUAACAUGAAAGCUUCCAUAAGGCUUGUGUUCCACUUCUCACUUGCUGUUUUGAGGCUGCUUGCAUACAUUUUAGUCGUUUCUUUGCCACUUGAUAUAUGAUAUCGUCAAAUAUUGGUAAAGUUUUGGGCACUUGGAGAUGCCGGACUUCAUCAUUGUCAAGGCUUCUAUCUGAAAAUUGGACUACUGCAUCCGCGAGGAUCCUGCGGGCACUGACUGUGCUCUUGAGAUCUAGAAUGCUGGCAACGGCAUGGUUGGCCGCACAGAGAAGGAGUCUACCUGAUGAAAUGCAGAGAGCAAGACUAUGUCCAAUUCAGAGGUGUUGUGCAUCAAAUUGAUUUUAAAUGAACACACGUGCUCAGGUCGAAGGUGAAGCUGGGAUGGCACUAUGUUUUGUCAUGAAAAGGUGUUAAGGCUGAAAAGGUGAAUCCAUUGACUAUGUUUCAUUGAGCUCUGAAGGUCAUAAGGAUUUUGUCCAAGGUUGCUGCCUAUAGGAAAAUCAGGUACAUCAUCCUCUCUAAGAUCCAGGAUCACACGGGUACGGCUCAUGCUGCCACGUUGCAACAAGACGGCUAGGAGACGCUUGAUCGCACAGCAAAUGAGCUCUACUCAGUUGACUAUGCAGCACGAUUUGGCAGUACCAUGCGUGACGCUAUGUAUCAUCAGUAUCUGUCCCAAGUGGAAAGUCGCAAAAGGGAAUGCGGAACGGUAAUCAGCUCGUGAAAUGCACCAUUGUUGGAGCUGAAAAGAUCCAUUGGAAGCUGCAUCGUGUGAGAUGUGACGGUGAUGGCUGUUGAAGCUGAUAUGCCAGGUUCUGCUCAUGGUAGCCGGUAUGAUGAAACUACACUCCUCUCCAUCGAGUUGUA